CGCGCUGGAAAAUAAGGACUGAUGAGGACAUGAGCGGUUUCGAUCCAUGAGAGAAAUAUGGGCAGCCAGUAUUGCUUCUAUCGUGUCUGCACUUCACUCCUGCUUCCCUGCUCAGUCGGCACUAUCGACCAAACAACAAAAGGUCGAGGUUGACCUUGUAUACCUCAAGCAGAGAAAGUUCACGUUUCCAUACACGGCUCCUCAGCAUGACUACGAGAAGCAGAAGGAGAUACGGGCCCACGGGCUUCGAAGAAGCUGGCGGAUACAUGUCCGCGAAAGUUCAAAAGCUGGAGAAACAGUUCUUGCAAAAUGCCGAGAUUGAGGUGUCGGGGACCGAAACCGGAGAGCUCGCAAUAUUUCAAGGGAUCUCGGUCUUCGUCAACGGUUAUACAGGUAAGCGCACCUGGUUAAUCAUUCAGGUUUACAGACCCGCCUUCUCCCGAUCAUUUGCAGAUCCCUCAGCGGAAGAGAUCAAGAGAAUUAUGAUGGUUCACGGUGGAACGUACCAACAUUACUACAAGCGCAAGCCCAAGUGCUAUAUGAUCGCCACGAACCUGCCGAUGGCCAAGUUGAAGAGCUUGAGGGACUACGUCGUCAGGCCAAGUUGGAUCACCGACUGUGUCAAGGCUGGCAUGCUCCUUCCCGUUCAGGAUUACCUCCUCUACUCUCCAGACCUGAAGAAAGGUCAACAAAUGAUCAACCGUGUGCAAUUGGCGGAUGAUUCGGGAACAUCUGCGAUGACUAGCGCUGAGGCACACAAUGACGAACAAGAUGGCUGGCUUUCGUCGGACAAUAGUGUUGACUGUAACCUUGAAUGUGAGCGGCUGCAUGGUGAUCAAAACGGCACGGACCAUGGCUCUCCGCCGCAGGAGCACAAAAGCAACGACAGUCCGAGAUACCAAGCCGGCGAUCCUCGAUUUCUGCAAGAGUUCUACGGAAGAUCGAGGCUUCAUCACAUCUCAACCGCUAGUCUGAAGCUGAGAGAUUACGUCGCGCAGUUGCGUUCUGCCGGCAACUUCAACUUUGUUGGCGUGCAGCGACUCAAGAGCCACCUCGAGGAGCAGACUCUUGCAGAAAGGGUUCAGGUGCCAGGCAAGGUGCUUAUGCACAUUGACAUGGACUGCUUUUUCGUCUCCGUCGGCCUUCGUUCUCGACCGCAUCUGAGAGGCAAGCCAGUUGCCGUAUGCCAUGGGAAGAACGGCGGCAUCCAGCCCAGCUCAAGCCAUUCCGGGGCCUCAGAUGUUCCCGGCACAAGUGGCAGCGGCGCCGACGGCAAGGGGCUCAUGUCCAUGUCGGAAGUGGCCAGCUGCAGCUACGAGGCACGGGACGCCGGUGUGCGAAGCGGGAUGUUCCUCGGACGAGCCAAGCAACUCUGUCCGAACCUCGUGGCCAUCCCCUACGAGUUUGAGAGCUACUCCGAGGUUUCCAAGAUCCUUUAUGACACUGUUGCCAGUUACACCUUGGAUAUUGAGGCCGUGAGCUGUGAUGAACUGUAUGCUGAUGUCACGAAGGUCCUGCAAGAGGCAGAGUGUACACCAAACGACUUUGCAUCAUUCUUGAGGAAGGAAAUCGAAGAGAAAACAUGCUGCACGGCGUCGGUCGGCCUAGGUCCAAAUAUGUUAGCCGCAAGAGUAGCGAACCGGUCUGCCAAACCAAAUGGUCAUCGGUUUGUUUCUACGAGCGAGCUCCUGGAGUUUUUUAAGGCCGUUGCUGUGAAACAUCUUCCAGGUGUCGGCUACAGGCUCCAGUCUCAGUUGACAGACAUGGGGAUUGAGACAUGCGAGCAGCUGCAGGCCGUUUCUAUGGAAACUCUCAAAUCAAAGUUCGGGGUCAAGACCGGCACGCUGUUGUACCAGCACGCCAGAGGGAGCGAUGACAAGGUCCUCCAGUUCAACAAAGUGCGGAAGUCGGUUUCGGCCGAGGUCAACUAUGGAAUUAGGUUCAAAGAGGCUAACGACAUGAACAAGUUCAUUGGUCAACUAUCCGAAGAAGUGGAAAAGCGACUUCGUGAAGCCGGGGUUCAGGGACGAGCAGUCUCGCUGAAGUUGAAGGUCCGACAGAAGGAUGCACCCCUGAACCCCACAAAGUUUAUGGGUCAUGGAAUGUGCGACAACAUCACAAAAUCUGUCCAGCUUUUGGCUGCAACGUCGAGCGCAGCAGCCAUUAGUAGGGAGUGCUGUAAUCUUGCUGCUCAGUUGCAUCUUGUACCUUCAGACAUCAGAGGGGUGGGGAUCCAGGUGGGGAGGCUUGAGCCCCGGCAAGGAGUCCAGUCCUGCGCUUCCAAGACCAUGCUGGACUUCCUGACGGACAACAGGUCCACCUUGGGGGCCGCUCACCCUUCCGCCAGGGAGGGGGCCACGCCCGGGGAAGGGGGGUCGACAGCCACUGCCGCAAAUGGCCUCGGGUCACCUCCGCAAGCCGUGUCGCUGCCAGCUUUCUCAGAGAUUGAUCCAGCUGUCCUUGAGAGUCUGCCGGAAGACAUCAGGCAGGAAGUCCUCACGAUGUAUCGAGAGAGCCGGCGCAACCCUUCGCGCACAAAUGCCAGAGAAGAUGUAAGCGGCAUUACCGGGACGGCUGUCGCGUCGACAUCCGGAGCCAAGCCAAAGCCGCCCUUGGGCAAGAGGAAGGGCAGGCCCCCCAAAACCGCAAGCCCCCAGAAGGCACGAGGGCCUGCAUGCCACUCCCUCAGGGAGUACAUGGUAAAACCAGCUGCUGCACUUGCAACUGCUGCCGAACCAAGUCUAAGCGUGAUCAGCUCCAAGGACAAGAUGGAAAAGGUCAAGAUGCUGCUGCAAGAGUGGAUAUGCUCUCGGGAUGGUGAGAUUUCGAACACGGAUGUGGAUGCAUGGACACAACUCUUGGGCGGGGUUGUACAGGAAAGGAAUCUGGAAAAGCUGGACCUCCUCUUGAAGUUCUUUUAUCGAACUGUCCAGAGAUCGGGAAGCAAGAAGUGGGAGGAUACCUACAUGAAGGUGAUCAACGUUGUCCAGACCGAAGUUUUACAAGCGUUUGGGCACUUCAUGAAGUUGCAGAUAUUUUAGAGGCAGUCUACUCGAGUUUUACUGCUAUGCUUUUAAUGACUUUUUGUUGCCGAAAAAAAUGUCUACAAACAUAUUUACAUAUUCUGCUAUAUUUGUAUGAUAUGAAAUGUAUACAUAAUAUACGCCUCUAUUUUAGAUCA